CUUCUAGUUAUUAUUACUGAUAACCUAAUCGCACGUAGACUUACUAUAUUGAUGAUAUGGCAACGAUUUGAAUAAAUUUACUUGCUCAGUCAGUACUCACAAUUUCGACCAUAUUUCCACGAAAAUGGGCGAAAAAGAAAGCGUACUUUCCGAUUUCGACGUCGGAAAUAAAGACUACAAACCGCCUUCGGUUGAAGAACUUUUGGCAGCUUUAGAAAACAUUGCCCUUCCGGAGAAAGAGAAGGAAGAAUUAAGGAAAAGUAUCCUUAGCGGUGAAUUGGCACAGAAAGCUGAAAGUAUCGCCGGAGCAGCUACGCAAAAAGUUGUUGCUAGUUCGGGUGAAUUCGUUGUGUUGUUUCUUUUAAUUUCCCUUGUGUUCUUAGUGCUAGUAUUCUUUGGCUACAAAUUGUAUUCGUCUCUCAAGGAAAAGGAGAGAAAACGCGAGGAGAAGAGGAAGUUAAAACAGCAAAAGAAGAAAAAGUGAACUAAACGUUAAAUUAUGUUUCAAUUGUUACACAAUCAUUCCAUUACACGUAAGAUUAUCGUACGUAUUGUACCUUGUUUAAAACAAAAUUGUGUUCUUAUUUCUUAAAUAUGAAUGUUCCAUAUUUAUCUAAUUUGAUGUUGUAAUAUUGUAAUAUUUUAUUCUAUACAUAUAUAUUGUUUAAAAGAUAU